AUGGCUACGCUCCGUUACACAAACUUCAAGCAUGGCGAGCCAGCUGAGCCUGUUGAACUCACUUGCACGACAGCAAAGCUCACGAAUCUCGUCGACGUCUUUCCGCAGCAUCCGCGAUAUGAAGCGUGUGCACCGUCAGACCAUAACCUUGGGUAUCGGGAGGGCGACGGGAAUCACCCUCUGACAAUUGCUGCCCCAUACCUCCCAUAUGCAGAUACCGUGGACUACCCACCGGUAGGCUAUGAACCGGCUGCUUUCAAGGCGAGGGAUUAUCUCAAAGCGUUUGAAAAUCAAGUGGACUGGAGGACAUUGCGUGGUCCUGAUGUUGAUGUUGUCGCCUAUAAGUUUAUAGAGCGCGCUCGCUCGCAGCAUGGGCUAUCUUUGGAUAGCAUUGACGAGUUUUUGCUCGAUUACGAUCAGGAGUCUGCGAGAAAGGUGCUCUCGAAAUACGCGCAGAGAGAUCCGCCGUCCUGGGCGCAUAUUGGUGGGCAACAAGACGAUCAGCUUCUGGACCACACACCCCGGCGAUCCCCACAAUCCGACGAACAUCUCGACGAAGGGACCAAGAAGUUAUGCCUCAUAUGCAAGACAUUCUAUUGUCUACGCCAUACGGACGAGUAUUACAACUGUAAAGAGCCUAAGUGCAAGUCGUAUAUACUUGGUUGCGGCCGCCCACACCAUCGCCAUAUCACGCAACGCCAAUACCUGCCUCAGUCGAUUGCGAAGCGCACCGAAAACGAAAUACGUGCGGCGUCUUUAAACCAAGCACCGUCUGAUUUCAGUUGCGCUGCACCUUGCUUCAUGACAAUGACGCGAGACGAUCAGAACGUAACGCGAAAGCGACUUCAAGACGAACCAUGGUCGGAGGAAGAACGAGAGGGGUUGCUGACCACAUUACAAAACUACGGGCCGGACGAGUCUCCGUGUACAAUUGGGCGCCUCAUCGGACAACCGUGCAUCGAUAUAUGGUUGCUGCGAUGCGAUCUGAUCGAAGAAGGCAAGCUCUCAUUUACGCCGGCGGCAGGCGACAGGGAGUCGAUGGAUAGGACCGGUAUCCCGGUCUAUGACUCUGAUGAACCUUGCUGGAAUGACGAUAGUAAGGGAGUGAGACUUAACGCCGUUCCCCGACCAUGCAAUCACGUCGGACCAUGUCAGGAAUCCGACGAUUGUGUGUGCCGACGUGCUGGGUUCCAUUGCUCGUCGCUGUGCCGUUGCGAAUCGGACUGUUGUAUGCGUUGGAAAGGCUGUGGUUGUGCACAGCAUGGAUCGCCAUGCCAUGCACCAGGAAACAACAACUUUCAUUGCCCUUGUGCGGAGGGGGGUCGGGAGUGUGAGGUUGGCACGUGCAUCGGCUGCAAACCCUCGGUUAACUGCAAGAACAUGGUGAUACAGUUCGCUAAGCGUCCGCGACUCGAGGUCAAGAUGGGCAAGUAUGGACUAGGGACAUUCGCUCUAGAACAUAUCAAGAAGGGACGCUUCAUUGGAGAGUAUACCACCGAGGUGAACAUACUGGAGCAUGAUGCACAUAAAGUACACGCACGCAAACACGUCGAACUCAAUUACUCGUAUGACACGACAUUCGGCACUGCUGAGAACCCCAAAUCGCAGAGACGAAAGGGAAGGAACAAGGCCACGAGCUCAGCGUCAACCUCAACCCAGCCGCUGGAGUUACCGUUCUACACGUAUGAUGCCGCUCGCAUCGGAAGUGUCAUGCGGUACAUAAACGAUAGCUAUCCUCGCAAGAAGCAUAACGUGGAAGCCCGAUACCUGUUCGCACAGGGAGAGCAGCACAUCGCCAUAUUUGCCAAGGACGCUAUCAAAGUGGGACAAGAGCUCUUCUUGGACUACGGCAGACCCUACUGGCAUCAUAAGGACGAUGAGAUAGCUGAUGCCGAUGCUGACGUCGAAGACGAAGAUGGUGAGGUAUGA